AUGUUGUCGUCGCGUCGGCGCCGAAACGUUAUUUGCUCUGUACUGGUAGACGGUGAGAGGAUUGAAGGGGUUCAUCCAAUUAGACAGGCGAUGUUCAAUCAUUUUUCGCAACAUUUUCAGGCGCAGGAUGUGGAGAGACCCAGUAUUUCUAAUCUUCAGUUUCAGACUCUAUCGGUGGGGGAGGAAGGCAGUUUAAUUCAACCUUUUUCGGAGGGUGAAGUUAAGGAGGCUAUUUGGGAUUGUGAUAGUUUUAAAAGCUCGGGCCCGGAUGGAGUCAGUUUUGGUUUUAUAAAAGAAUUCUGGUCUGAGCUGAAAGUUGACGUGAUGAGGUUUGUUUCCGAGUUUCACAGGAAUGGUAAGUUGGCUAAAGGUAUUAAUGCAACUUUCAUCGUGCUUAUUCCGAAGGUGGAUAAUCCUCAGAGGUUAAAUGAUUUUCGUCUGAUAUCCUUGGUGGGAAGUAUGUAUAAAAUUUUAGCAAAGUUCUUAGUUAACAGAUUGAGGGUAGUGAUGAGUAGUGUGGUGGCGGAGACGCAGUCUGCUUUUGUUAAAAAUCGCCAAAUUCUUGACGGUAUCCUUAUUGCUAAUGAGAUUGUUGAUGAGGCUCGUAAGGAUAAGAAGGAACUCAUGUUAUUUAAAGUGGAUUUUGAAAAAGCAUAUGAUUCUGUUGACUAG